AUGGGGAUUCCGGGGCUUAUUCAUGCCAUUGGCGCUGGUGAACGUAUCUCCUUGUCUAGAUUGGCCAUAACUCAUUUGGAGCGCACAGCAAGGCCUAUUCGUAUUGCUGUGGACAUCUCGAUAUGGUUGUUCCAAGUGCAAGCUGGCCGGGGUGGUCGAAAUCCGGAGCUACGGACACUAUUCUACAGGCUAUUGAAGAUUCUGGCGCUUCCAAUCCAUCCUCUUUUUGUAUAUGAUGGCAAGAACAAGCCGCCUUUCAAGAGAGGCAAAGCCGUGUCAAGUCGCAGUUACGGGAAUGCACCAAUCAUUCGGCUCUCCAAGAUCCUAGUUGAUCUGUUCAAAUUUCCGCGCCAUGAGGCGCCAGGAGAAGCAGAAGCAGAGUGUGCAAGGCUGCAAAGAGCAGGAGUUGUUGAUGCAGUUAUGACCAAUGACGUUGACGCUCUAAUGUUUGGCUCAACAUUCACCGUCAUGGGGUUUUCGAAGGAAAGCGGUAGUAGUACUGGGGCUGCAACACAUGUUACCUGCUACCGCAUGAACACCGCUGGUGAUCCUUCAAGUGUGAAGCUUAAUCGUGCAGGCAUGAUCUUGUUUGCCAUGUUAAGUGGCGGUGAUUACUUACCGUCGGGAGUCCCUAAAUGCGGUAGCAAGCUCGCUGGCGAGAUUGCCAAAGCUGGCUUUGGCGCAGAUCUUCUGGAAAUCCUGGAGUCAGACGGUGCCGAGCUCGAUACGAGACUAAGUGAUUGGAGAGAACGACUCCAGUAUGAGUUGGAAGAAAACGAAAGUGGUUACUUCCAGACCAAGCACAAGGUUGUCCGAAUUCCGGAUACUUUUCCCGACCGGACAAUUUUGUCAUAUUAUGCUAAUCCUGUGGUUUCAUCGACCGGCGAUAUCAAAGCCCUUCAACAAUACCUGUCAAAUGCCUGGGACAAGGACAUAGACGUUGUCGAGCUGAGGAGAUUUGCUGCCGACGCCUUUGAGUGGAAUUACCGCUCUGGGGCUAGGAAAGUGACCAGAUUACUUUCUGAGCCGCUUCUGUCUUACCGACUACGCCUUGGAAGACAAGCAUCGGCCUUUCCCGCGAACCGCCCUAGGUUAUCAAACUGCGAUGUGCCAAUGCUGCAGAAAAUCUAUAAGAGCAGGUCCAGCUAUAGCACCGAUGGCUUAACGGAGUAUCAACUGGAUAUGGUUCCCGUCGACGUUGUUGGCUUGGAUAUUCUUGCUGAUGAGCCAAACCCUCCAAUCCCCUCUCAAGAGUCGACAGUCUCAGGUGACGAGGAAGAGGAAUUGGAGGAUAACGUGGUAUCGGUGCCUCAAUCUCCGGUCAAAAAACGUGUCAUAAAGCGCUAUGACCCUUAUGUCUCAGAGAAGGUGUGGGUAUUCGAAGCCCUGGCCACUAUAGGACUCCCGGAAGUCGUGGAGAAUUGGAAACGAGAGCAAGCUGAGAAGUCGGCACCGAAGAAGACAACGACACGAAAGACAGGACCUCGGAAAAAGGGGCCUAUAGACCCGAAUAUGAAGCGAGGCAGCAUUUUGAAAUAUGGAACCCUCACGAAGGAGCGAACUGAAAUAUCCCGCCACAAAAGCGCGCAGCUCUUAGAGGCCGCAGUCUCUGCUAAAGCAACUGCUGUACCCAGUCUGUCGAGUUCCCGUCAGUCUCUAGAUUCUCCUAAUCCUUCAAGGAAGCCACCAGCGUCUGACAUAUCUAUACAGCAGCAGCCAUUGACUGACCUAAGUGACGAUUCGCCGAGCCUUCAUGACCUAAUCGACCAAUUUACCUCAUUGAGUCAUGGUUCGCUCAACGCAGAUGCCAAACAGCAGCAGCCCAGAACCACCCGAGCACGCGGCACAAGUGGACGAAAGGUUGCUUCUGCAGAUGUCACUGCAUCGGAGACAAAGAAAGUUUCUGAUGCAGAGAGUCUCCCCACUCAUUCGUCGAGUAAAGGGAAUGCUCGAACAAGCUCGAAGCGCCGUACGCAGAAGCAAGAUGUGACAGACGACAAGAAGCAUGCACUUCGUUCGACAACGCCUAACCGCGCAGACCGCCAGGAUGCAUCAAAACUCCAGCGCAACAGGGACAAACUCAAGUCUUCUUACGAGGUUGAGGAACUAGAAGAAGCCGUAUCUUCCAUAACAUUGGAUGACGCGCAAAUUCGCAAAACGGGCACAGAACCCAUAUGUCUAAACGAUGCUGGGCCCGUGCCUCGAAGAAGCUCGCGCCAGGAGAAGAUGUGUAACAGCGAGUCUGGCCUUUCUAGGGCUGCUGAAUGUACGGCCGGUUCUUCGCCUCCUGCCAAGAAGAACAAGCCUGUUUUAGACAUAGAAGAAAACAAUGUUGCACAUCCAAGAACGCCUCGAGACGGAGAGAAACCCUCGGGACGAACACAACCAUCGUCCUCAGUGAGCGAGCCCAAAGUGCUGAAGCCUCGGAAUGGCAAAAAUUCUGAGGAAUCGAACGACUGUUCAUCGACAGUCUCCCACAUUGAAUCUGUCAUUGUACACGAUGGGUUCUGGACGACAGAUACUAGCUCGAAAUCGAAAUCGACAGAGGCUACAAAGGUGACUGACACUGGGGGCAGUCGCACUUUGAAAGAAUUAUGCAUUGGUCCUUUCCACAAGUGA